AUGUACAACAUGAUGGAGACCGAGCUCAAACCUCCCGCCCCCCAGCAGACUCCGGGGGGAGGCACGGGGGGGAACAGUACUGCCGGGGCCAACAACCAGAAGAACAGCCCGGAUCGGGUCAAGAGGCCCAUGAACGCGUUCAUGGUGUGGUCCCGCGGCCAGAGGAGGAAGAUGGCCCAGGAGAACCCCAAGAUGCACAACUCGGAGAUCAGCAAGCGCCUCGGGGCCGAGUGGAAACUUUUAUCCGAGGCGGAGAAGCGGCCGUUCAUCGACGAGGCCAAGCGGCUGCGCGCCUUGCACAUGAAGGAACACCCGGAUUAUAAAUACCGACCGCGGCGGAAAACCAAGACGCUGAUGAAGAAGGAUAAGUACACCCUGCCGGGGGGCUUGCUGCCGCCGGGCUCCAACUCCAUGGCGGCGGGGGUCGGCGUGGGGGCCGCGCUGGGCGCGGGCGGCGUCAACCAGCGCAUGGACAGCUACGCGCACAUGAACGGCUGGGCCAACGGCGGCUACGGCAUGAUGCAGGAGCAGCUGGGCUACUCGCAGCACCCGGGCCUGAGCGCGCACAACGCCGCCGCCGCCGCCGCCGCCGCGGCCGCGCAGAUGCAGCCCAUGCACCGCUACGACGUGGGCGCCCUGCAGUACAACUCCAUGGGCGGCUCGCAGACCUACAUGAACGGCUCGCCGCCCUACGGCGGCAUGUCCUACUCGCAGCAGGGCACGCCGGCCAUGGGCCUGGGCGCCAUGGGCUCGGCGGUCAAGACGGAGGCCAGCUCCAGCCCGCCCGUGGUCACGUCCUCGGCGCACUCCCGGGCGCCGUGCCAGGCCGGGGACCUGCGGGACAUGAUCAGCAUGUACCUCCCCGGGGCCGAAGUGGCGGAGCCCGCCGCCCCCAGCAGACUGCACAUGUCGCAGCACUACCAGAGCGCACCUGUCCCGGGCACGGCUAUAAACGGCACGCUCCCCCUCUCCCAUAUGUAA